AUGGUUAAAGAUCAUUUCCCUACACAAUAUCACAUUGGAGCUACUUUAUACAACAUUAGCACAAUCUCACUUUCUAAAGCCAAGAAAAGAUGGCGCCUCGCAUAUUUUUCGAUUCAUUUCUCCAACUCCAUUUCCAAACUUUCCAAGAAACCAGUACAUUACCCGAUCACGACUGAAAUAGUAGCAGCAGCUUCUUCGCGUGAUGAUGAUUAUAGUGAGCGACUAUAUGACGUUGACCAGACUGAGCUUGUCGAUUUGAUGAAAACGAAGAACUUGAAGAUGCUUAUUCGCAAGUUUCAUGGUGUGAAUGGCUUAGCUCUAGCUCUCGAGACCAAUCUUGAAAGCGGGACAAAAAAUGGCCAAGAUAACGCAAGAAGAAAACGUGUAUUUGGUUCCAACACUUGCGUAAAGAAACGUAGCAAGAGUUUUGCUUCUUUUGUGGUGAUGGCUUGCAAGGAUACUACUAUUCUUAUUCUGUUAGCAUGUGCUGCACUUUCUCUUGGGUUCGGUUUUAAACAAAUCGGCGCUAAACAAGGUUGGUAUGAGGGUUGUAGUAUCGUUCUCGCCAUCUUUCAGAUUAUCAUUGUAUCGACAUUUAUUGAAUAUUGUCAAGAGAGGCAUUUUGACGAUUUGUCAAAAAUAAACAACAACAUCAAGACAGAAGUUAUACGAGAAGGAAGGAGUAAAAAAAUAUCGAUUCUUGAUGUUGUGGUUGGGGAUGUCGUCGUUCUCAACGUAGGAGAUCAAAUACCAGCCGACGGAUUGUUCAUAAAUGGACAAUCUUUGUACGUGGACGAGUCAAGUAUGACAGGGGAGAGUGAUCAUAUACAUAUUGAUGCCAUCAAGAAACCAUUUUUGUUCUCGGGUUCAAAGGUGGCUGAUGGGCAUGCUCGAAUGCUUGUGAUAGCAGUCGGGGUGAACACGUAUUGGGAGAAGACAAUGAGCUCUACAAGAAGCGGCGGUUCCAAGGAGCAAACGCCAAUGCAAUCUCGUCUCAUUAGACCAACCACCAUUAUUGCAUAUAUUGGUCUUAUAGUUGGUUUCAUUGAAUUUGCAAUUAUGUUGAUUCGCUAUUGCACUGGAUACACAAGAGAUAAGAAUGGCAACUGGAACUAUGAUGGGCAAUGUACAGAUACAAACGACAUUCUCAACUCUUUUACACGUGCUGUGAUGGCAACCGCUGAAGGCCUACCUCUAGCCGUUACUUUCACACUUGCUCGUGCCGUGAAGAGAAUGAUGGCUCAUCAGGUUUUGGUCAGGAAGUUGUCGGCUUGUGAUACCAUUGGUGCAGCCACUAUUCUAUGCACCGAUAAAACAGGAACUUUGACAACAAACCAAAUGAAAGUUACAAGGUUCUGGCUUGGAAAUGAUCUCGUUGAAGAUGAUUCUUACAGAGAAGUAGACGAAAAAAUUCUUAAACUUUACCGUGAAGGAGCCGGUUUGAAUACUGCUGGUGAUGUUUACAAAUCAAUUCCUAAUGAGUAUACUGGUAGUCCAACUGAAAAGGCAAUUCUGUCAUGGGGUGUGACUAAUUUGGGUAUUGAUAUGGAGAAACUGAAAGAAGAUUCUACGAUUCUCCACGUUGAGACGUUUAAUUCUGAGAAGAGACGAAGUGGAGUUUCUGUGAAGAGGAAAGAAGAUAACACCAUCCAUGUCCACUGGAAAGGAGCUGCAGAGGUGGUGCUGGAAAUGUGUUCAAACUAUUAUCAGAAAGACGGUCUUGUAAAGGCGAUAAAUCAACAAGAGAAGACACAAUUUAAGAAGAUCAUUCAAGGAAUGGCAGCAAGUAGCCUCAGGUGCAUUGCUUUUGCUCAUAAGGAGAUUCCAGCAGAUCAUGGUACAACCGAAAAAACACUAAACAGAGAAGAAUUGACAUUGCUAGGCAUUGUUGGGAUCAAAGAUCCAUGUAGACCAGGGGCAAAGAGAGCUAUUGACACGUUCAAGUCUGCGGGGGUGCAAGUUAAGAUGAUAACCGGAGACAACAUUUUCACAGCAAAAGCCAUAGCCACAGAAUGUGGGAUACUAGAAGCUGGUGAACAUGUAAGCAAAGGAGAGGUAAUAGAAGGUAGGAAAUUCCGUAACUACACGAAUGACAAACGAAUGAACAAAGUUGACAACAUUCGUGUCAUGGCAAGAUCAUCUCCUUCUGACAAGCUUCUGAUGGUGCAGUGCCUGAAAAAGAAAGGUCAUGUGGUUGCAGUCACAGGUGAUGGUUCUAAUGAUGCACCCGCUCUGAAAGAAGCAAAUGUUGGGCUUUCCAUGGGGAUUCAAGGCACUGUGGUGGCUAAGGAAAGCUCAGAUAUUGUCAUUUUAGAUGAUGAUUUUGCAUCUUUUUUCGAGGCAUUGAAAUGGGGGCGGUGUGCAUACAUCAACAUACAAAAGUUUCUUCAAUUUCAAGUUCCUGCAAAUUUUGUAGCUCUUGUUAUCAACUUUGUUAAAGCGGCUUCCGCAGGAGGUAUUCCCCUAACUUCAGUCCAACUAUUAUGGACCAACUUUAUCAUCAAUAUCUUAGGUGCUCUAGCAUUUGCUUUCGAGAAGCCCACUAAAGAACUCAUGCAAAAGCCGCCAGUAGGUCAAGCCACACCUCUUAUAACAAACGUCAUGUUGAGGAACAUGUCUGCGCAAUCUUUGUAUCAGAUAGUGAUUUUGUUGACUUUUGAGUUUAGAGGUAGAUCAAUGUUCAAUGUAAAUGAGAAAGUGAAGAAUACUAUUAUCUUCAAUACAUUUGUGCUCUGCCAAGUGUUUAAUGAGUUCAACUCAAGGAAGUUGGAGAAGAGAAACAUAUUCAAAGGUCUUCGCAAGAAUCGUGUAUUCCUUGGGAUUAUUGGGGUGACUAUAAUUCUUCAAGUAUUGUUGAUGGAGUUCCUACAAGCAUUUGCAGGUAUAAAGAGAUUAAAUGGGAAAGAAUGGGGAAUAUGUAUUGUAUUUGCAGCCUUAUCGUGGCCUAUGGGGGUGUUGGUGAAGUUGAUACCUGUACCAGAAAGGCCAUUUCUAAGCUUCAUACAAGAAUGGGUCUAAGAGUGUCUGUAACGGGUCUUCCACCCUGCGUCGAAGCCCAACCAUCUAGGGGUGGUGGUUUGAACUGUUAAAUCAUCAGGCAAUUGGUGUCAUUGUAGGGUCUUUGUGGUGUGGAAGGCCGGCGUUGGUGUGUCGACGUUAGGCAUAAGUUGGGUCCGUUGGAAAUGCUAUUUUUUUAUAAGAUUU